AUGGACAGCGGUAGAGAAGACGGCACCAUCUCUAGGGAGGAGUGGAAGGCGGCAGCGUCCGCCAUCUCCGCCGUAUUCAUGAAGGUAGUGAGGGAAAACCCUGGACCACCCCCAAGCUGUGAAAGUGCCGGAUGGCACUACUGUUCGUAUAAAAGAAUCGUCUGCGCUGAUGAACGGUCAGCCUCAAUAUAUAGGGCGGCGGUGGCCUUGGUGGGAGAGGUAUGGGAGGGAGCCAAGCUGAAGGUAGUGGACCGAAAGGAUCUACCUGUACGUCCGCGAGCACGUGUCUGGCUCCCCUCCGAACCCUCUGCUUGGAAGGAGAUGGAGGGAAUCCUCUGCUACUGCAAUCCUUCACUUCCCACGCACAACUGGAGGGUGGUGAAGGUGGAGAAGACUGAGGGAUCUUAUCGGCAAGCACUGAUUCUGCUGAAUUCAGAGUCCCUCAGUCCUCUCGCUGAAGCAAAAGAGGUCAUUAACUAUGGCUUCGAGAAGGUAGUCCUUAAGGUCUACCAAAGCGAUGCCAGAGGAGAUGCAACUGCACAUCCAGACGUGCUGGGAGACGUAAUGCCCACAGUGCAGGAAGCUCCUGUGGACAUGGAAGUGGAAUCCGUCAUGUCGGACGGUGACAAUGCUGAUGACGUUCGCUCUUUACCGGGGUCCGUCAUAAGCGUCGGGUCGUUCUUCGACAGGGCGGAGGAGUAA